GAAGAAUAUUUGCAUGGAUUUGAAAAGGGUCUAUUUGAUGAUAGUUUUUUAACAUAAGUUUGAUUUUGGUACUUAAAAUCAUGUUCUUUUGAGCUGUCAUGGCGAAUGGCGAUGUUGAAGAACCUCUACUACGAGGCAAUGUAAAUUCAUCGAUUCGAUUUAGUGAUAUAAACUCAUUUAAGCGAAGGCGAUCUCAAUCUAGCAACACUUGUACUAUUAGUACUCAUACACAGACAAAUAAUGAGGAAUCCCUUCAUUACCCUGAGUUCAUUUCAACAAAGAGUUUUAGACUCAGAGAUGUACUCUUGUUCUUGGCUAUCUAUAUAGGAGUCGGAGCGAUUUGCUUCUUCAUCAUAAACGAUCAAAUCGAGGGCAAAAAGACAAAUGGGAUUCUUGAUGCAAUAUACUUGUGUAUUGUUACAAUGACUACUGUUGGAUAUGGUGAUCUUGUUCCAAAAAGCAUCUUAGCUAAGCUUCUCGCGUGUGUUUUUGUGUUCACCGGUAUGGCUCUUGUUGGAUUUGUUCUGAGUAAAGCAGCAGAUAGUUUUCUUGAGAGGCAACAAAUCCUGUUUCUCAAAGCCAUAAAAAUGAGGAAAGAUUGUACUAGUUCAACAGAGGUUUUGAAAGAGGUAGAAACGAACAUCGAAAAGUACAAGUUUUUAAGUACUUUGGCACUUCUUGUUGUACAUACUAUGCUUGGAACAAUUUUUCUAUGCCAAGUUGAGGAUUUGAGUUUGUUUGAUGCUUUUUAUUGUGUUUGUGCUACUAUUACUACUUUGGGGUAUGGAGAUAAGAGUUUUUCAACGAAAUGGGGGCGCCUUUUUGCUUCUUUUUGGAUAUUGAUGAGCACAAUUUGUUUGGGACAGUUAUUUUACUCCCUUGCUGAGUUAUAUACAGAACAAAGGCGAAAAUCUAUGUUCAGAUGGGCUCUAACUCGCGAAUUGACAAAUUCAGACCUCCAGGCUGCUGAUCUUGAUCAUGACAGUGAAGUGAGCGCUGCAGAAUUCAUCGUCUAUAAACUUAAAGAGUUGGGGAAGAUAACUGAGGAAGACAUCUCUAUAGUCAUGGAGAGUUUCAAAUUGCUUGAUGUUGAUCAUUCAGGCACAUUGACUGAAAAUGAUAUUGCACUUUUGCAAUCGUCGUCUCGAUCCAAAAGCUGAUAAACACCCCUCUAAACAUAUUAUGUUUUGUUCAUAGAUAAUAGAACUAUGGAAAAUGCAAAGAAAAUUUUGCGAACUUUCAAUCCUAUGCACUUGGUGUUUGGAAAAAAGGAUCAUAGAUACAGUCAAGAUUCAACAACUUGUCACAAUUUUGAACCAUUGGGAGAGUGUAACUUAAUCCAUGAUUUAAACAGAUUGAGACAUGAUUAGUGAGAAUUCAUAUAGCCGACACAAACUUGUUUAAAAUUUAGGCAUAGUUAUCGUUGUUUUUUCAUGUCGUCUAUAAACUAAUUUUCUUCAAGAAUGUAAGUUUAAGGCAUGUAAAAUUUGAACAAAUUGAGACAUGUUACAUUUCCAAUAUCACCUUAGUAGCUCUUUAAACAUGACAAGAAUGUACAUUUAUCAAUCAUUCACCAUAAACUUGCCACCAGAAGUAGAGGCAGAUCCAGAAUUUUAAGAAAAUGCCACUUACUAAUUUCUUGAAUAAACUAUUUAUACAUUUUAAGUAGAUUUAUUUAC